UCAGAUUAGUGUUGGUUCUGAUCUUUUUGAAGCCAUUACUUUGCGAUCUGUAUUCCUUGUGUCCGAGGUCCAGUCAUGAAGGCCGUAUUUAUCAGUGUCUUUUGUCUUGUUGCUCUCAUCGUCUGCAUCGAAGGGGAUACCAAUCGAAACAAACGUUGGCUCUUGGACCGUUGCAGUGCUGAUGGUGACUGUGGAGCAGACAGAUGCUGUGUGAGGUACCUGAAAAUAUGCGCAUCAAAACGAGGCCUUAAUCAAUCAUGCAAUCUCGUGAAUCUUCAUGGCUGUGGUUGUAAAGAUGGACUCGAGUGUCGUGUGUACAAGAGUUUAGGCAGUCUAAAGUAUUACCGCUGUCUAGAGUCUGAGGGCUCAGGUGAUAUGUAAAUCUCACGUUUUGAAUAAUAAACYCAAUGAGAUAAAAAUAA